AGUGAAGAGGGCAGCGCACAGAGAGUGAAAUAGCGACAAUGGAGGCGGCGAAACUUGGUUCAGCGUACUUGUCGUCUUCAUCUUCAUCUUCAUCUUCUUCUUCUUCUUCUUCGUUGUCCAGUACUCAUCGCUAUGAGUUCAGUUCAAAGUCUCUCAAAUUCAAACCACGCUCAACUUUCUCAAUCCUCGCCUCCUCUAGCGGCGAAUCUGAUUCCGUGGUGACUCUGCUCGACUACGGUGCUGGAAACGUUCGUAGUGUUAGAAAUGCAAUUCGAUUUCUGGGCUUCCACAUCAAAGAUGUGCAAACGCCAGAGGACAUUCUCAAUGCAAAGCGCCUCAUUUUUCCUGGGGUUGGGGCAUUCGCUGCAGCUAUGGAUGUGCUAACCCAAAAAGGGAUGGCUGAAGCACUAUGUACUUACGUUGAGAAUGACCGCCCAUUUUUGGGCAUUUGUCUUGGAUUGCAGCUACUUUUUGAGUCUAGCGAGGAGAAUGGACCGGUGAAGGGUCUUGGCUUGAUUCCUGGUGUGGUUGGACGUUUCAACUCAUCUAAUGGUUUCAGAGUACCUCAUAUUGGUUGGAAUGCGCUGCACUUAACAAAAGAUGCUGAAAUUUUGGAUGAUGUUGGAAACCAUCAUGUCUAUUUUGUUCACUCUUACCGUGCCAUGCCAUCAGAUGAUAACAAAGAGUGGGUUUCAUCUACCUGCAACUAUGGUGACAACUUCAUAGCAUCUGUUAGAAGGGGGAAUGUGCAUGCAGUUCAGUUUCACCCAGAGAAGAGUGGAGAUGUUGGUCUUUCUAUAUUGAGAAGGUUCUUGUAUCCAAAAUCUUCCACAACAAAGGGGCCACAGGGAGAGAAGGCUUCAAAACUUGCAAAGAGGGUAAUUGCUUGUCUUGAUGUGAGGACAAAUGAUAAAGGCGAUCUUGUUGUUACGAAGGGAGACCAAUAUGAUGUAAGAGAGCAAACAAAUGAAAAUGAGGUGAGAAACCUUGGCAAGCCGGUGGAUCUUGCUGGACAGUAUUACAAAGAUGGGGCUGAUGAGGUUAGUUUCUUGAAUAUUACUGGUUUCCGUGCCUUCCCUCUAGGUGACUUGCCAAUGCUGCAGGUAUUGAGGUGCGCGUCAGAAAAUGUUUUUGUACCAUUAACAGUUGGAGGUGGUAUCAGAGAUUUUACUGACGGAAAUGGCAGGCACUAUUCUAGUUUGGAAGUUGCUUCAGAAUAUUUCAGGUCAGGUGCUGAUAAGAUUUCUAUUGGAAGUGAUGCAGUUUAUGCAGCGGAAGAAUAUUUAAGAACAGGAGUAAAGUCUGGAAAAAGCAGCUUGGAACAGAUUUCCAGAGUCUACGGGAACCAGGCAGUGGUUGUAAGUAUUGAUCCUCGUAGGGUUUAUUUGAAGGAUCCUCAUGACGUAGAGUUCAAGGCUGUUAAAAUAAGCAACCGUGGUCCAAAUGGAGAAGAAUAUGCCUGGUAUCAGUGCACGGUUAAUGGUGGGCGAGAGGGUCGACCAAUUGGAGCUUAUGAACUUGCAAAAGCUGUUGAAGAGUUGGGAGCUGGGGAAAUACUGCUAAACUGCAUUAACUGUGAUGGUCAAGGGAAAGGAUUCGAUAUAGAUCUUAUAAAGUUGAUAUCAGAUGCCGUGAACAUCCCUGUGAUUGCAAGUAGUGGUGCGGGAACAGUAGAACACUUCUCUGAGGUUUUCACUAAAACAAAUGCUUCUGCUGCUCUUGCUGCUGGCAUUUUCCAUCGGAAGGAGGUGCCUAUUCAGUCAGUGAAAGAGCACUUGUUAAAGGAAGGCAUAGAAGUUAGAAUGUGAUUCGGUUGUGUAGUUGGUUGGACUCUCUCGAGAUAUCAGUCGAUACUGCAGAACCCCUGCAGUAUCCCCUAGUUGGGAACCGGUUUGGAAUUAUGAUAUUAUGACUUCAAAAUUUUAAUUAUUUUUUGUGGGUCUUUGGUUGUUGUUGAGAUGCUGUUGUGUAAUUUGAAGUGUCAUAGUUACAAGCUUGAAAAGUUAGUUGAGUCCAGCAUGUGAGAUGGUACAUGUUACCUCACAAAUAUGUUAAAAUAAUAAAAAAAUAAAACAACCAACCUACUAUCGGUUUAAUUAUUCCGAGUUUUGAUUACAUUAGGUUCAAACCAAAAAUGAAAUGAUACUUCUUUUUCUUUUUU